AUGUUGCAUUCUCCAUUAAUUGAAGAUUAUGAUGAUAAAUAAUAAGUCUUGGUAAAACACAGCAAAACUAAAACUAUAUGGAUUAUAGUACGCUAUAUCAUAUCUGAUAUUGCAAAAAAACCAAGAUCUUUUAAGAUAGGAUUGUUUACAAUCUAUUUAGUAGUAACAUUCUUGGCUUUACUUGAAAGUGCAGUUCAACUCUCUCCCUUAAUAUUUAUUCAAUUAGCAGAGACACAAUCAGGAGAUAGUGAUUUACUAUUUACUCCUAUGUCUUCAUAUAAUAAAUCAAUUACAUACGAAUCGUCUUCUACAUUUAUUAACACUACAGAAAUUAAUUAGUAUUUCAAUGAAACUGAAGGAAUAUUUGGAUCAUCACCAAGAUGGUUAUUGACAGGUAAUCUAAUAAAUAAUAAUACUAAUGUGGAGAAGAUAAAUCAGAAAUUAAGAACUUUUGUAAUCAUACUCAAUUAAACUUAAGAAAUUAGUAUAGGAUUAGGUCGUAGAUCAACUUAAAAUUACUUAACUGCAAAUUAAGUUUAAGUAUCAGCAUCUACUCUAAGAGGUUUGAAUGCUAGCAUAGGUGAUGUAUUAUAGGUAAAUAUUGAUGUGGAUGAAUUGAUAUCAUUAUUGGAUGGAAACACAUAAAAUGGAAGUGAAGACUUUUUUUAUUAAUUAAUCAAUACAACUAUUAAUAAACCUUUAAGGAAUAUAUUUGGAGAUGAUUUUGAAAAUGUUAUUAUUUAAAGAGAAGAAAUUUAAUAAAGAGCAGAAGAAAUUGUUGUAUUUGCAGAUUUAUUAGAAUCUAAUCCAGAAUUGAAAAAUUCAUCUAAAGAAUUUUUAGAAGAAUAUAUUCAAAAUUCAGAUAUUCCUGUAGAAGAAUAGAAAUUAUUAUUAUAAAUUAUUGAUAUAGAAUAUUCAAGAAAUCUAAGUGAAGAUGCUAGAACUUUAGAAAGAUUUGCUUAUAAAUUAAAUGAAAGUGUUACUGUUUAUGAAAUUGAAAUGGCUAUAUCUAGUCUAGUAGCAUAAAGUGCUAAUUUUACAUUUGAUGUUAUUGUCUAAGAAAAGAUUGAAUCACCUAAAGGAAAAUGGUAAGAUGGAUUUAAUGCAUUAUUAAUGGAUCAAUAAAAUGCAACAAAUAUCUUGGUAGAAGGUCUACUCAAAAAAUUUGAAGAAGUUGUAAUUGAUAAUAGAUUAAAUAAUGAUUCCACUAUUGGAGCUGUUGCAGAAUUGAUACCAAUAGAUUAUGUAAAAUCUCUAGUUUGGAAUCAAUCAUAAAACAUUUAUUUGUCUGAUUACUCAUUAUCUUAAAAUCUAGUAUUUAAAGAUAGAUUAAAAGUGUAUAAGAACAAAAAUACUAUUACAUCAAAUAUAAUUGAUAUUACAAAUUAGUUUUUUAAAACUACUGGAUUUAAUUAUCCAGUUUAAGCAUCUUCAACUUUAGCAGCUGCUGUUUCGAAUUAUUUUGUUUUAAAAAAUUUCAUAGAUAAUCUUAUAGCAGCAGCAACUAUGAUUUUAUUAAUGUUAUCUAUUCUUUUAAUUUAUUCUUUAAUGAUAGGUGAUGUUGAUGAAAAGACUUAUGAAUUUGGAAUGUUAAGAGCAUUAGGAUUUAGAAAAUCAUGGUUAAUUGGAUUAUUAUUAUUAUAAGCAUUAACAUUUGCAAGUUAGUAAUUAUUAUAUCAUAUCUAUAGUACCAGGUUUAUUAUUAGCAUUAAUUACAUGUUAUAUUCUAAAUUCAUUAGUAUCUAUGCUAAUAUUUUAGACUACUGAUAUGGUUUCUAAUUAUGUAAUUGCAAAUUAAGCAUUAUAUUUAGCUGUGGGAAUAGGAAUAUUUAUACCAAUUAUUAGCAAUAUAUUUCCAAUUUAAAGAGCCUUAUCUAAAACUUUACGUGAUUCUUUAGAUUUAUAUCAUAGAACAAUUCAAGAAGUCAUGGUGAAUGUUGUUAAACUUGAAAAAAUGGGUAUAUCUUUGACUUAGACAUUUUGUUCAUUACUUUUAGUUGCUAUAGGCUUUGUUAGUUAUUAUUUAAUACCUAUGGCAUUCAUUUUUAAUAAUGUGACUUUGGCUUUAAAUAUUAUCAAUGUCAUCUUUAUUAUCAUGAUCAUAGGAUUUAUGUUAUUAGUUAACUUACUAUAAGGACCAUUAGAAAGAGGUAUUUUGAAUUGCAUAUUAUGGAUUUGUAAAUUUGAUAGAAAUCUAAAAUAGAUAAUUUUUAAGAAUUUAUCUGGUCAUGCAAGUAGAAAUUGGAAAACUACAUUUAUGUAUUCACUUGCUCUUUCAUUCAUUUUAUUUGCAGGAGCAUCCCUAACACUUGAUUCUAAAGUAAUUGGUGAUGCAUUACAAUCAGCAUUAGGAGGAGAUGUAACUGUUAUGGUAAUACCAACAGACAAAAUUGGUUUGGAUGAAUAUGAAAUACGUUAACAUUUAGAAAAUGAAAAGAUUAGAGAUUCUACAUUGAUUCAAAGUUAUACAUUUAAUGCAAUUCUUUUAACUCAUUUUCCAUAAUGUGUUGGAGUCUAAUGGUUUACAACAAUGGCUACAUUUCCUUGGGCAAGAAUAAGAUUAGGAGGAGUAGAACCAAAUUAUUUAGAGACAAUAAUGUAAGAAUAUUAUCUACCUGAUGAAUAUGAUGAUCAAGUUUCAUAUCCAAAAUUAAAGAGUGGUAAAAAAGAUGGUGUAUAUGGACUAUAUGAUAGGAGUGGAAAUCUAGAUAUUGAUAGUGAAGAGGAUGUUAAAAAGAUUAUUUCUUAAAUGUCUAUAAGAGAUAGUUAUUACAAAGAUCUCAAUUUAACCAGACCAAAUUCUAGAAGAGAAGAAGAUAGAGAAAUAAAUGUAAUUAUACCAUAAGGCUAUAAAUAUGAAAUUUCAAUAGAUGUUAAUACUCCAUCCUUGAUUUGGUGGGGAAGUUAUUAUAGAAUUAAUGUUAGACAUACUGCAUCAAAAGUACCUGGUUUUGAAUUUUCAUCCUAUAGAUAAAUUACUUAAUAUGGUUAAGGAAUCAUUUCAAUGCCAGAUUAAUUAUAUAUGGUUAAUAGAUAUUUUAGAGGAGAUAUCCGGAAUAUAUCUAGUAUUUAAUAACCAAAAGUAAGAGAAUAUUUAAGCAGUUUACCAAAAGGAUUGACAUAUGGAUUACCAAAAACAAGUUUAAGAGUUAAGUUUGCAAGAUAAACUAGUUAAACAGAGAGAGUGGAUUUUUGUAAUCGAUUAAGAAAUUAUUUUAGAAAUGAUUAAACAUUACUAUUUGAUGUGAAAACUUUAAGAGAAGAAGCAGAAAAUGCCUUCUUUUAUAUUUAAAUACUUAAUAUAGUUGUUGCAAUAAUUGCCCUUACAUUAUCAUUCUUUUUAAUUCUUAUAUCAUUCGUUGGAAAUGUUAAAGAUAAUUCAUGGGAAUUUGGAGUUCUUCGAGCUAUUGGAUUAAAUAAAUAAUAACUUACAAGAAUCUAUAUUUAUGAGGCGAUCUCAUUAAUUACUGCAUCUGGAUUACUAGGUACUUUUAUUGGAAUCUCUUUGGCCAUUUUACUCACCCUUCAAAUUCUCAUGUUUAUAGAGCUACCUUUUGUUUUGAUGUUCCCAACAGCUACAUUUUUAAUUACUUGUCUUGGAGGAUUUGUUACAGCCAUUGUUGCUAGUUAUUUAGCAGUCUUAGAUAUGAAAGAUAAAAGCAUUUCAGUCAUUUUAAAAGGUCUAUUGUGA